GAGCUCGGACACACCAGGCGCUGAUGACACUUAUAAAGACACACACACCGCGGCGUGUGUUACUGUGUGCUACUGAACAGCUCAAUCACAGGACAUGAGUUCUGCCCUCAUUCAUGACAAACUCUUCAUCAAGACGUUCUGGGAGCAGAAGAUCGUCAAUCACGGCCACAUGAGAGACGUCGAGGAAGGCAGGAUGAAGAAGAGCGCUCUCACGAAGCUGCGUGACGAGUGGCUCACGAGACUGGAGGCUCGGACCAAACAUCUGAAGAACUUCGGUGACCGCGGGACGAACUCGAGCGCCGCAUGACGGGGAGAUCACACUGAUCCGAUGCCACAAUAAACACACACACACACACACUC